AUGAACUGGAGCCUUGCGGCAGGCGACCGUGUCCGGUGUCUGCAGACGCAACUGUUCCCGGUCUGUGCCACACUCGCAGCGAAAGCCGGCUAUUUGGGCAGCUUUCUGUCGAACAGCCUCAAAACGCAUCAGCUCGAGGUGAACACCGACUCGAAAACGCUCCGUCCGAUUGCGCGCCUGAAGGAGCCGCGGGAACUGUUCGCACUGCCGAAGGAACGAGACUAUGAUUGCCCCCAGCAGGCCCCCCGAUGGCCCAUCGAAUGUCAGGUACUCGAGGAGCGUGUGUACCAUCUGGACGACGCACCGGAAACGCCGGAACCGUACUAUCAGCCGACCGGCAAGGAGCUGCAACCGCGCCCGGUAGGCGAAGAAAAUGGCAUCAUCGUGUACAACUACAACCCCACCAGCGCUGUUCACUACUUUAGCCGCUCGACGGUGGGCGGCUCGAAGGCGCAACCGGCCGCCCAUCCGACACCGCUCGACCCGGACGAUCUCGUGUUCGAGUCCCGGUUCGAGAGCGGCAAUCUCGGCCGCGCCAUCAAGAUCACGCCGACCUACUACGAGCUCUACCUGCGGCCGGACAUGUACACCAACCGGCACACGCAGUGGUUCUACUUUCAGGUGAAGAACACCAAGGCGAAGGUAGUGUACAGAUUCUCCAUCAUCAAUCUAACCAAACCGGACAGCCUGUACAAGGAGGGCAUGCGGCCGCUAAUGUACUCGACGAUGGAUGCAGAAUGCAAUCAGGUCGGCUGGAGACGAUGCGGCGACAACAUUGCCUACUUCCGAAACGAGGACAACAGCAAUGGAUACAAUUACAGCCACUACCAUCACCGGCCGGUCGAUGACGACGAGGACGAGUACAUCGGCACCAGCUCGUUCACGCUGUCGUUCAACAUCGAGUUCAAGUACGAUGGCGACACGGUCUACUUUGCCCACAGCUACCCGUACACCUACUCCGACCUGCAGGACUAUCUGAUGUGCAUCCAGCGCAACCCGGUCAAGUCGAAGUUCUGCAAGCUGCGGCUGCUCUGCCGCUCGCUCGCCGGCAACAACGUCUACUAUCUCACCGUCACCGCGCCGACAACGCACGAAGACGACAAUCAAAAGAAAAAGAAAGCAGUCAUUAUCACCGCACGUGUUCAUCCGGGUGAGAGCCCGUCCUCUUGGAUGAUGAAGGGUCUGAUGGACUUCAUAACUGGGGAUUCGUACGUGGCGAAGAAGCUGCGACACAAGUUCAUCUUCAAGCUGGUGCCGAUGCUCAACCCGGACGGUGUCAUCGUGGGCAAUACCCGUAGCUCACUGACGGGGCGUGAUCUCAAUCGCCAGUAUCGUACGGUGAUACGCGAAACCUAUCCCUCGAUCUGGAACACGAAGGCAAUGAUAAGAAGACUGAUGGAGGAUUGCGGGGUGGCGAUGUACUGCGAUAUGCACGCACACUCCCGCAAGCACAACGUGUUCAUUUACGGGUGCGAGAACCUCAAGCGGCACCCGGACCGCCGCCUGCUGGAGCAAGUCUUCCCGCUCAUGCUGCACAAGAACGUGGCUGACAAGUUUUCCUUCGAGAACUGCAAGUUCAAGGUGCAGAAGAACAAGGAAGGUACCGGCCGGAUCGUCGUGUGGGUGCUGGGCGUCACCAACAGCUACACGCUGGAGGCAUCAUUCGGUGGCAGCACGAUGGGAGGCCGCGCCGGUACACACUUUUCUACCGCGGACUAUGAGCACAUCGGGCGGGCAUACUGCGAGACGCUGAUGGACUAUUACGACGAUAAUCCAAUCAAAGAAAAGCUGCGUAUGAAAAUACUGACGCGCCUGUCGAAGGAGGGUUCGAGUGCGGAGGAACCGCUCAACAUACCGCUGUCGGAUUACUCGAGCGAUGAAGGUGAUACGAGCAGCAGCAGCUCGGAGGACGAAGGAAAGGAUAGUAUGGCCGAGCUGGAGGGACCGUGCUGUUCAACGCUCAAGGUGCCACCAUCAUCGCCGGUGCUGCCCCAAAAGCUCAAGGGCAAUAAGAAGAGCAAAAAGCAGACCGUGCCACUGGCGCGACCGUCGGCCUACAGACGCAAAUCGCACAGCGUGCAGCGUAUCGUGCUGGACAUACCAACCACCGAGCCGGCGAGCGACUUCUUCGAGUACACGUCCGAGGACGAGCUGCUACUACCACCGGCGGCCGCCUCCGACACGGAGAACACGGUCAAGCGCACGUUCCGGCGGCGCAACCGGCCACGGCGCACUGACAACAUACGCAAGCUGACGCUGCUCGGCUGCGAAACGCAAUACCUCAUGCCACCGGAACUGAUCGUACGUUCCGCGGCCAAUCGCUACCAGUCCGAGGAUGAGGACGAGCAAAGCAAGAUGGUGAUGAGCAUCAUCAAGGAGUUCCCGCCGGUAAUUGGCAAGGAGCGGGUCUGGCAGCGUUCGAGUGGUAGCGAGAGAACGGUGGACGUAAUGAAAUCGGCUAGCCCGGACCACUGCCAAGUGCGCUUCUCGCUCAAACGUUCCAUCUGGACCGGUACCCACUCAGACGGUUACGUGAACGAUUGUUACAAUCCGCGCCCAAUUUCCUGGGGCGCACCGCCAACACUCGUCAAGUCCACACACUACGACAAUGAGGCGCUCCUAACCGCUUGUUCACAGAAGUUGGCCGCCUGGAAGGAUGAAAAGCGCAGCAUGAAGGAAAAGCACCACAAAAGCCUGCUGAAGCACCAUUCGCACGUGCUCGGCACGCAGAAGGAUAAGGAAAAUCGUAGCGUGCGGGUAAAGAUAACGGUUGGUUCGGAACAGUUUGCUGCGGUUGCGGCGGCUGCCAAACACAAGCUCACCGGUACGGUCGGUGACAAGAAACCGGCGGACCAAACCGGAACGGACGGUGGUACUGGCGGUGGUGGAAGUAGCAACAUGUCGCGAGUGAAACGAAAAACACGCUCGACGUUGAGCAAGAUCGUGGAGAAGGCGGAAAUCAUCACUCACCUGUCGCGUAGUGCACGUGUCGGUCAGUCACGGCGUCUGCUAGCCACCAGCUCCCUGUCGACGGCCGGUUCCCCCCGUAAGGCGCUGCUGAGCGUCCCGUCCUCGACUGCCUUGUCCGCCGGACCCAACGGGAACGCACCGAACGGUGUGAACGGUGCCGGAAGCGGAACCGGUCCGCCUACUGUGCCGUCACCGGGCGUCAAGGCCGGCAGCAAGUUCCGGACCGGCGGUAUCGUGGUUACGGCCGCCCAGCCACUGCCGAAGAUGCGCAAAUCGUACGCCGGCACCCGGGGCAAAAGCACUGCCUCGCCGAUCAAGCUGCCGACGACCAGUAUCGAUAUACAGUUGACAACCCUCUGCUCGGAGACGGAAUCUGAAAGAAACGUGAAGGUGGUUACUGGCAAGAAGCACAAGAAAAAACGCACCGCCAAGGAGAAGAAAGAUAAACUGCCGUGCUAG